AUGCCAAGAGAAGCUUGUGAAUUUUGCCGACGUGCAAGAGCCCGACAUAAAACGAGGAAGAAAGCUGGAGUCUUUUGGUACAGUAGUCGAGGUAUGGAUCGUGCAGGUUGGAAGCGCAGGACAAGAUUUCGCCAGAAAUCAUCGGCGAUAUUUGCAGUGCGCGACAACAAACAUGGAACUAAUGAAGUUGAUAAGCAAGAUAAAUUUGAAAUUAAUCCUAGAUUGCAAGCUCUCGUGGACUUAUUUAAAAAAGAAGGUGAAGUCGAAGAAGUGCUUUCUCCGAAAGAUAGUGCAAGUAUUCUGUCCGGACCCAUAAAUGAUGUUGAAAUUAUUCCUGAUUCACUUCAGUCAUCUGUUUUGAAUAAUGCCACGAACGAGAUGUUAAAAGGAACAGUUCCAGUUGUCGAAUCAAGAUCAACAGAAAAACCUAGCUUAGUACACUUUAAGAUUUCUGAAACAACUCUUCAACAAUGUGCAGAUCUGUUAAAUUCACUCUCGACUCCCGAUCAAUGCAUGGAAAAUAGUUGA